AUCAGUGCAAAGCAGUCAAAUAAAUGAACUUCAUCACACACUCUCUUUCUCUCAGCUCCCAAUUCUCAAAUCCAACACUACAAUAAUGGCGUCAAUCACCUCUUCUCCCUCUAACUCACAGAAUUCCGCUACCAAACCCCAGGGUUUUGUGAAGGAUGCUGCCACUGGCAAUGGAUUACCCGACGCCUUGGAGAAAAAGACUCCCUCAGUCGAUCCCUUCGAGGAUAUGAAUAGCGGGGAGUACAUCAAAAGGUUCAGCAAAUAUGAGGCCGACUACACUCGUCGAUUGAUGGCCAAGUACUUCUCGGAUAAGGAUAUCUAUGGGGGAUUGUCAGUAUUUGACUUUAUCAAGAUUACUUGUCACUUGCAGACAACAUAUUUGAUGAAAGCAAGACAAUCGAUGGCGAGACUAUUAAGGCGAGCAGGUGGCAUUGUGCUCAAUCAUAUGCAGACCCUGUCCAGUUCCUCAAAGAGAAGAGCAUCUGCACUUCAAUUACUACUGCAGACACCCCGACUACCAUCACAAACGGGAAGCACCCAAUGGAUGAUGGGUGAAGUACAAGUACGGAGUACCUUAUUUACUCGGUUGAAACCGAAGUUGGUCCCUGCCGAGGUUACAGUGUACCUACUUGUUGAGCUAUCUCUUCGGGGAACUGCCACGUUUUCCAUUCUACUGAUGGUGUCUAUUCAUGGGCUUCGUAGGGUUCUACACUAUGAGUAAAAGCCCUUUUGAAGACCAAAGUUGCAUGCAAACCUGUUUGGAAAUGAUUUUGUGGUUGCCAGCAUGCUGAACUUCUUGAGGAAAUCCAUUUUUUUGUGGGUCACUCUUUCAUAUAAAUUUGUGUUUUUUUUGUAGUCUAGGUUUACAUAGUAAAGGUGUGGGCUAGCAUAAAGCGAAUGGUGAAUAUGCAGUCCUCCUUUCAAUAAUUCACCAGGGAUAGUUUCAAAUUUUCAAUUCCUAAAGGCUGUUGGUUCAUUGGAAAAAGGCACUUGUUUUUGUUUUUGUUUUUUCGUUCUUACUUGGUAGAAAAACAUAGCUUGCACUUCACGAAUCUCUUGAAGGUUCCUUUAAUAAGUUUUCCUACUAAUCUUGCUAAUCUAGUUUUAUGUGAAUGCUGAGACCCAAAGUGAGAAUUUUGUGUGUGGAAGAUGGAAAUAGACAUUUGGGCUAAGUAGAGUGUACAAUGAAAGCUAUCUUAAGACCUUUUGAACAGAAAAGUUGCCUGCAAAUCACCUGAAAACUGGUUUCAUUCUUACCAAGUAGAUUGCAUGCUGAUAUUUUUGAA